CCAGGGUUCCCUGGUCAGAAGACUGUUUGCAGCCCACACUGCAGGGCAAGAGACACUUCUGAGUCUCCUCCUUUCUUCUUACUGGCGACUCCCAGGCCUCCACUUCAGCAUCUGCAAGCCAGGUAUCAGCUAUGAGGGUCCUGCUUCUCCACCUCUCCACUACCUCUGGCUCCUCGUCCCUAGUGAAGCUGCUGCUGCCGCUACUGAUGGUGCAACUCUGGGCGGCUCAGGCUCUGGUGCUCCCGGGAAACGACACGCGCCUAAACCUCGAAGCCUCCGGCGCCCUGUGCGCACGUGACUCUCAUCCCUGGCAGGUCUCCCUCUUCCAUAACCUCCAGUUCCAAUGCGCGGGUGUCCUCGUGGACCAGAACUGGGUGCUCACGGCCGCACAUUGCUGGAGAAAGAAGCCACUGACAGCUCGAGUUGGGGAUGACCACCUGCUGCUUUUCCAGAAGGAGCAACUGCGCUCCACGAAUGCCCCCGUUUUCCACCCCAUGUACCAGCCUUGCUCAGGCCCCGUCCUGCCACACCGCUCAGAUGAACACGACCUCAUGAUGCUGAAACUGAGCCGUCCUGUGAAGCUGACGUCCAGCGUGCAUCCUGUGCAACUGCCCUACCGGUGCACUCAACCAGGGCAGGAGUGCCAGGUCUCAGGCUGGGGGACCACAGCCACCCGAAGAGUGAAGUACAACAGGAGCCUGAGCUGUUCCAGGGUAACUCUCCUCAGUCAGAAGCAGUGUGAGGCCUUCUACCCAGGUGUGAUCACCAACAACAUGAUUUGUGCUGGGCUGGACAGAAACCAAGACUCUUGCCAGAGUGACUCCGGUGGCCCCCUAGUGUGUGACGACACCCUGCAUGGCAUCCUCUCAUGGGGCAUUUACCCAUGUGGUGCUACCCAGCACCCAGCUGUCUACACCGAGGUCUGCAAGUACAUCCCCUGGAUCCGAAGAGUCAUUCGUACCAAAUGAAGCCCUUCAUCCCCCUCGCAUCUGCCCACCCCUUCUCCUCCUCUCAUGCCCACCCACACCUCUGAGAAUGUAUUAUCCUCUCUCACCCCCUGCCCACUCUUGUUCUCUGCUCACAAAUGCAGAAAAUGGUGGCUGGGAAAGUUCUAGUACCUCAAGGAAGCUGGCAGUCCCCAAGUCUCUAAGAGAAGUUAUCUGUCAUUCAACCUGGCUUCCUCUACCUCCCUCUUCUGUAUGACUGGGACAAGCCUGGUACUCUCUCUGAGCCUUGGUUACCUUGUCUGAAAAACGGGGACAAUGAAUUGUCUACCUCUUACAUAAGUUGUAUGGAGACCAUGAUGGAUCGUGUGUGUGUGUGUGUGUGUGUGU